GAGUCAUUAACAAACAUUGGCAGUGGACACGAAAGCAUACCUUUUUCUCCAUAAGAUGUUAACGAAGUACACAUUGUUGAUGGUCUUAAUGACAUUGGUAGUCUUUGCAUACGGUAAUGGGGCGAAGAAGCAAAGGCAGGCAUUAAAAUGGGGCAUUGCAGCAGCUGGAAAAAUUUGCAGUGAUUUUGUCAAUGCAUUAUCAACUCUCAGUUCAGCUGACCACCAAGUUAUUGCUGUUGCGGCACGCACAAAUCUUACCCGAGCACAAGAAUUCGCCCAGAAAUUUAGCAUUUCGACAGCAUAUGCAGGCUAUGAGAAUUUAGCGCUGAAUUCGGUCAUCGAUAUCGUCUACAUUGGAAAUUUGAAUCCACAACACUAUUCCACCGCAAAACUGAUGUUGGACCACGGAAAGAGUGUGUUAAUGGAGAAACCGUUAACGAUGAAUGGGAAACAAUCGAAGGAACUAACAAUGUUGGCCCAGAGGAAAGGUGUUUUCUUUGCGGAAGGACUUUGGUCAAGAUACUUACCGAUCUAUAAGUUCAUUCGCCAGGAGAUUAGGGCUGGUAAGUUGGGCGAAAUUGUCAGAGUCGAUGCUGAACUUGGAUCAGUACGCCCGCAGCCACGGUUUCAAAUAAAAGAAUUGGGCGGUGGAGCAAUCUUAGACUUUGGCUCGUAUGGCAUUGACAUUUUGCAAUGGAUUUUCGAAGAUGACCCGUUAGACAUUGAAGCAACCGGUAAACUGAACGAUAAUGGUGUGGACACCGAUGUCACAGCUGUGUUCAGUUAUUGCAAUGAUAGAAAAGCGACACUUAAAUUGAGCAUUAACGAAGACUUGAAAAAUGUGCUCAAAAUUGUUGGAACGAAGCGUUCAAUGGAGAUACCUAGUUUCUGGUACGGAACAAGUUUGAUUGAUGCUAAUGGAAAACAGCAUAAUUGGCCGUUACCAACAGGAGCCAAAUAUCCAUUCAACAAUACAAACAGGGCCGGUUUGGCAUACGAAGCGGAAGCAGUUCGAAAGUACAUCCGGGCUGGUAAAAAACAAAGUGAUUUGGCAACGCAUGCAGUUUCACUAAGUAUUGCACGCAUACAAGACGAACUUCGACGACAAGUUGGUGUUGUGUAUAUCAACGAUUUCGAUGUUAAUUAUAUUUCUCCAAAUUUGAAUAUUUUCAAUAAAUAAACAGUUAGAC